AUGACAGAAACAAUCCAAAAUAUGUUGUCUAAAAAGGCUGAGUCACAAAAGUCUGGCCUGGUUGAGUACGUCGGGACGGUGGAGGCAUACGAUAAAUGGGCCGAGGUCUACGAUACAGAUGGGAACUUCCUUCAGCGCCUGGAUACGAUCGAGUUGCGUGUGUUGCUACCCCGGUUUUUGGACGCCGUGAAAUCCCGCUUCAAAUCGACAGAGCAGCUCAAGCUGGUAGAUCUGGGAUGCGGGACAGGUAGAAAUACAGUCCAAUUAUUGAAGACACUAUCGAAAUAUAAGGAGAACGAGGACACCGAUCAGAGCCAUGAUGGCAAGACAUCUGCGACACAAAUUGAAGUCAUCGGCGUAGAUGCUUCACCGGGAAUGUUAGAGGUUGCGCAAAAAACUGUUCAAUCAGCCUUUACUCAGAAUGAGUCCCAGAGUGCAGAAGUAUCACUGGGAGUAUUUGAUCUCUUGAAGCCUAUCUCGGAUGGGAAUCGACUACCUACUCCCUUGCAGCAGACCGGUGCAGCUGGUGUUAUAUCUACGCUUGUCCUCGAACACAUCCCAUUGAGGGAAUUCUUUGAAGCUGCAUCUGCGAUGAUGCAACCCGGGGGCUACUUGCUGAUUACCAAUAUGCAUGCGGAUAUGGGUGCAUUGAGUCAGGCUGGAUUUACGGAUCCACAGACAGGAGUGAAAAUUCGGCCUACAAGUUAUUGCCACUCUACUGCAGAGGUGCUGGCCGCAGCCACUGGAGCGGGAUUCCACAUCAAAAAUUUGAUCGGGGAAAAAGGAGGGAAUGCGGUCCUUGAGAGGGCCGUGGAUGAAAAUCUGGGAGAUAUCUUGGGUGCGCGGGCGAAAAAAUGGGUUGGGAUCAAUGUAUGGUUCGGGGUAUGUUUUAGCAAGAUAUAA